ACAUUUUCCAGUCAAAAAUCUUUUGUAUAUAAGUACCAACCUUUUGCUUUUCUGGGUUUGUAGAUCAUCUAGAUAAAGAUAAAGAGAUAAUAUAAAGCAAAGGUGAUAUUGUUGUGUGUGUCCACUGCUUGCAAAAGUUGUAACAAGUGUUUGUUUUGAGUGUUUCUUGAUUUUUUGGGAUUUUGUUGUUGUAUAAAAAGCUGGAGCAGAGAAGAGGCGGUGGCGAAAAAGAUGAAGUUGUCAAGAGAAUCAUCGGAAGGUGGAGAUUGUUUCGAUCAUUGAAACAAAUGCCGUUCAAAGUUGUGACCGAUUCAAAUGGCCUCCAAAGGGUGACCCUCUCUCAUCAACCUCAUGGCUCAUCUGUUGAGUUACUCUUACACGGUGGAAGGAUCGUGUCAUGGAAGAAUGAUCGUUGCGAGGAGCUUCUGUUUGUUAGGAGCAAGAGUGGUCGGGGAUCAAUCUUUGGUGGGAUUUCCAUUUGCUUUCCUCAGAUUAGUAGUUUUGAGCAGCAUGAUCACAUCAGAAACAGAUCAUGGUCAAUAGAUUAUGGCCCUGAUCUUGAUCAAGAAGAGUUUAACAACACAGAGUCAUCUGUCCAUCUCUUCUUUAAAUCUUCGGAUAAGGACUCAAGAAUCUGGCCUUGUAGAUUCGAGCUGCGUGUUAAGGUCUCCCUUGGCCCGGGAAAGCUAACCCUGACGCCUUCUGUGAGGAACAUUGGCGAUAAGCCAUUUUCGUUUACAUUUGGAAUCAGCAACUGCCUGUUUGUCUCUGAUAUCAGUGAGGUGCGCGUUGAAGGCUUAGAGACACUUGAUUUCUUGGACAAUUUGGCGGAUCGGAAGAGGUUCACUGAGCAAGCCGACGCUAUUACUUUUGAUGGAGAGGUUAAUCGUGUGUAUCUAAACACGCCCUCAAAAAUUGCCGUCAUAGACCAUGGUAGGAAGAGGACGUUCGUGGUCCACAAACAAGGCCUCCCCGAUGCUGGGGUGUGGAAUCCUUGGUACAAAGGUGAUCGGAGGAAUGUGUUGAAUCUUGGAAAUGAGUAUAAAACAAUGUUGUCAGUGGAUUCAAGUGUGUUUGAGAAACAAGUUGUGCUCAAACCUUUCCAAGUUUGGAAGGGAUUUCAAGAAAUCAAUGCUGUCUCCUCAAGCUAUUCUAGUGGCCAAUUAGAUCCAAGAAAGAGGGAGUAUUAUUUUUCUUUGUAGAAAGCGGAGUGGCAAGAAGUCGCAAUCAGUCGACGUGGCGGCAUUUAAGAAACAAGAAUGUGACUCCUCCGCCACGCAGAAGCCCCUAACAGUCAUCGUGCUCAUCGUCGUCGGCACCAAUUUAUGAGUGAAGUGAAUGGAAUUUGGGUUUGUGAAUUUAGGGCAACAAAUUGAGACUGAAUUAGGAGUGAAUUAGGGUAAAUUUGGGGAUUUUAUGGGUUAAAAUACGAGUAAGCAUAACUUUAACACGCCAGUACACACUCAACAACCACGUAGAGUAAGCAUAAGAAGGUUAAAGUAGGAAAUCUGAUGGGUUCUCAGUAGGGGACUUGACCGGAUCUAGAAAGAAGAAAAACGAGUUCACAACCUAGAUAGGCCUUGGCUACCUUUUGGUAUGGUUGCAGUGUUUGUGAUAAUAUUCUCUUACCUAAGAAGAGAUUAGUAACACUGGUGUGGUAGAGCACUGAAAGGAUCAACCUGAAAUAUACUCUUUAUUGCUAUCUACUGAAAGAAUAUAUAUUACAGAAA